AUGCUCGUGUGCGUGUGUGCCGUCAUCCCGGGGGCAGCGGGGACCGUCCGGCUCCGCAUCCGCCGCGGGUCCCUUCGCACCCCUCGAGGAGCAUCCCUGCGUCUCCCGGCGGCUCCUCCGGGCCGGCAAAGCUGCGGACGGGGAUCGCGGCUCCCGCGGAGCCUCCCCCGCCCCGGGCCGGGCCGCCCCCGCCGCGGGGACCCGUCGGAGAGCGGGGCGGGGCGGUGGGAGAAGGCGGAGCCGGCGGGCGCUGGGAAGCGGCUCCGGGAGCGCCGCGCAGCAUCUGAUGCCAGCUCUGAGAAACUGUUCAACGCUGUCACAAAUAAAGAUAAGGAGUUAGGAGUCGGUCCGCCCGCUGACAAUGACGACCCUGGUGCUCGGGGCCCGGCUGUCCCCAAAAUAUCAGGAUUAGAAAGGAGCCAAGAGAAGAGCCAGGACAGCAGCAAAGACCCCGUCCUUGAGCCCGUGGUGCCUAAAGACCCUUGCCCUCAGGUGGCGCAGCCGCUGGCCCAGCCUCACCCCGAGCCGCCCGAGGCCCGCUGCCCCAGCCCCGCGCUCGCCCCGCGCCCGGAGCUGCCCGUCCCGCCGCCCCCGCCCGCGCCGCUGCCCCCGGCCCCCGAGGAGCCCUCCCGGGCCCCUGCUCCCCAGCACCCCCCUGGACAGCACCCCUCGGCACAGCACCCCUCGGCACAGCACCCCCCCGGGCAGCACCCCCCCGGGCAGCACCCGCCGCGGCCGCAGUCGCCGCUGCCGCCGGCCCAGGCGGCCCUGCCCGCCGUGCAGCCCCAUCCCGCCGCACAGAGCCUCUCCCAGCCCCUCUCCGCCUACAACAGCAGCAGCUUGAGCCUCAACAGCUUGAGCAGCAGCAGAAGCAGCACUCCUGCCAAGACUCAGGCCCCUCCUCCCCACAUAUCCCACCACCCCUCGGCCUCCCCGUUCCCGCUGUCCCUGCCCAGCCACAGCCCCCUGCACACCUUCACACCCACCCUGCAGCCCCCAGCACACCCCCACCACCCCAAUAUGUUUGCCCCUCCCACGGCUCUGCCCCCUCCACCUCCACUGACGUCAGGGACACUGCAGGUUCCAGGACACCCCGCUGGUAGCACUUACUCAGAACAAGAUCUCCUCCGUCAGGAACUAAACACGCGGUUUUUGGCCUCGCAGAGCGCGGAUCGCGGGGCCUCCCUGGGCCCCCCGCCCUACCUGAGGACCGAGUUCCACCAGCACCAGCACCAGCACCAGCACACACACCAACACACACACCAGCACACCUUCACGCCUUUCCCCCACGCCAUCCCACCCACUGCCAUCAUGCCGACGCCAGCACCGCCCAUGUUUGACAAAUACCCUACAAAAGUUGACCCCUUCUACCGUCACAGUCUGUUUCACUCCUAUCCUCCAGCUGUAUCAGGUAUUCCUCCCAUGAUUCCUCCAACUGGCCCCUUUGGAUCCCUACAAGGAGCUUUUCAACCCAAGACUUCCAAUCCUAUUGAUGUUGCAGCCAGACCUGGGACGGUCCCACAUACCCUUCUCCAGAAAGAUCCACGGUUGACAGAUCCGUUCAGGCCCAUGUUGAGGAAACCUGGGAAGUGGUGUGCCAUGCACGUCCACAUCGCCUGGCAGAUCUACCACCACCAACAGAAAGUCAAGAAACAGAUGCAGUCGGAUCCACACAAGCUGGACUUUGGCCUGAAACCAGAAUUUCUGAGCAGGCCACCAGGCCCCAGCCUUUUUGGAGCCAUCCACCACCCCCAUGACCUGGCCCGGCCCUCGACUCUCUUCUCCACAGCCAGUGGGGGGCAUCCAGCUGGCACCCCUUUUGGCCCACCACCUCACCACAGCAACUUCCUCAACCCAGCUGCUCACUUAGAGCCCUUCAACCGCCCGGCGUCCUUCAGCGGCCUCACCGCCGUGGGCAGCAACGCCUUCGGGGGGCUCGGGAACCCCACAGUCACACCCAACUCAGUGUUCGGCCACAAGGAUGGCCCCAGUAUGCAGAGCUUUAGCAACCCUCACGAGCCCUGGAACCGACUGCACCGAACUCCUCCUUCGUUCCCGACCCCUCCGCCCUGGCUGAAGCCAGGAGAGCUGGAGCGCAGUUCAUCUGCUGCAGCUCAUGACAGAGAUAGAGAUGUAGAUAAACGAGACUCAUCUGUUAGUAAAGAUGACAAAGAAAGGGAGAGCAUUGAGAAAAGACACUCCAGCCAUCCUUCGCCAGCACCAAUCCAUCCAGUAAAUUCCCUCGGACAUAACCGCAGCUCAAACGAGCAGAUCAGGAGCCAUCUGAACCCCGAGGUCCGAGAGAAAGAGAAACCCAAAGAACGAGAGAGGGAUCACUCCGAAUCCCGGAAGGAAAUUAAUGUUGAAGAGCACAAGGUGAAGGACAACUAUAUUUCAGAGAAAGAAGGCCUGAGCCAUGAAAACCGAGUUGUGGAAGAGUCUAAGCAGAUGCCCAGGGUUCCUUCCCCCUAUGCCAGGCCCCCCGUUGUGGAGAGCACCAGGCCCAACAGCACCUCAAACCGCGAGGCCGAGAGGAAGAACGAGCCGGCGUACGAGAAUCCCAAGAAAAGCAACGAAGUCAAAGUGAAGGAAGAGCGAAAGGAAGACCAUGAUGUUCAACCUGAGGGACCUCAGACUCAUCGGUCAUCUGAUCAACCACCGCCUAUAUCUACAUCCAACGUCCAUCCAAGUCCUCUAGUGUCUAUGCCCAUGACUGUAGGUGUAACUGGAAUACAUCACAUGAACAGCAUCAGUGGCCUGGAUAGGACUCGCAUGAUGACGCCUUUUAUGGGAAUUAGCCCAAUUCCUGGUGGAGAACGUUUCCCCUAUCCUUCUUUCCACUGGGACCCGAUGAGGGAUCCCUUGAGAGAUCCGUACAGAGAGCUGGAUAUUCAUCGGAGAGACCCCCUGGGCAGAGACUUUUUGCUAAGGAAUGACCCCCUUCACCGUCUUUCCACGCCAAGACUGUACGAAGCAGACAGGUCGUUCAGGGAUCGGGAGCCUCACGACUACAACCACCACCACCAUCACCACCACCCUCUGUCUGUCGACCCUCGGCGUGAGCACGAGCGGGGCACCCACCUGGACGAGCGGGAGCGGCUGCACAUGCUGCGGGAGGACUACGAGCACGCGCGCCUGCACUCGGUGCACCCGGCCGCCCUGGACGGGCACCUGCCCCACCCCAGCCUCAUCACCCCGGGACUCCCCAGCAUGCACUACCCCCGAGUCAGCCCCCCCACGGCACACCAGAACGGCAUCCUCAACAAAACUCCCCCCACAGCAGCUCUCAGUGCCCCCCCGCCUCUUAUUUCCACGCUGGGACCUCGGCCCGGGUCUCCCAGAAGGACUACCCCUCUGUCCACGGAGAUGAGGGAGAGGCCCCCCUCUCACACCCUCAAGGACAUUGAAGCUCGAUAAGCAGAGUGAGACUGAAUAAAAACCACAGAAAGAGGGACAAAAACGUUGUACAUGAACAUAAUAUAAAGACCUUCUUACUAGUCAUUGCUACAGACUGGGGAUGUGACCCACUGUACAAUAUGUAUAGACCCGAGUGCAAAGAUUUUGAAAUGGUUUUUUUUGUAUAUUAUAUGUUGAAAUUUUCCAGAUCUUUUAGCCAAGUCCAUACGUUUCUCGUGUCUCCUACUCUAUUUUAUUUCUAGUUUAAGAAUUUCAAUAUUUGAACUGAAGAACAAGACAUCAAUCUGAGUGAUUUGACUAGAAACAAGCCACCACCAAUGUCAACCCUACAAAGCUCUUUCAGACCAGAAAUGAAGUCAAUUGUAGAUAUUUAUGUAAAAAGAUUGCUUCAUGGGUUAAUGGUUCAUAUAUGCAAAAAGGGUAAGAUGAAAGCUUUACUUUGUACAAAUGUAAAUAGAUAAAAUUAAGUAACAUUAAUACUUCUUAAACUGUGCUAUUUGCAAACUUAAUAUUGAUCAACACAGUCUGCUUAUGCUGUGUUACAUAUAUUGUUAUAGACAGCUAAACCCCUUCAACUAUGCAAUGAAUUUAAGGCUUUUCACAAAAGCCUUUAUAACUCAAAGGAGCCUUUUCAACACACACCAUAAUUAAAGUCAUAUUUUCCCUGAACAAGCUCAUUUUUAAUAGGAGCCUAUUUCUCUUGCUUGUUUUGAUGAAGAAACAGCCCACUAGAGGUGCAGUUUUCUGUCUGAAGCCCUGCAUGAGGCUGCUGAGGUCACUGGAGCUCGUGUGUCGCUUCCACGGCGUCAGGGUCAGUGCUCUGUAAGCACCGGUACUGAAGUCAUGGCCAGUUGGUUUUCAGUCACAUUCAUCUGGGUUAAACAGGAAUAAUCAAAUGCUGGAUCUUUUCCAGAACUUUUGUCACUGAACAUGUCAAAUUUCUUUCUGGAAGAGCAUCUGCUUAUAGCCAUUCAUGUCUGGUUUUAUUGCCAGUCUGUCAUUUUUAUCUGUACACACGCUUUUUUUUUUUUUUGUGUUAUGGGAUUUUUAGCUACCUUGAAACAAAUCCUACAGGAAUACUUUUCUAAAUGAUGGAUAUGUUUUCACUGUGGAUCAGUGUUUAAUUAAUGAACUCCAUUGCAGAUUUCAUAAUGCAAUUUAUUGUAUUUCAGUUGGUAAUAAAGUCUGUGAAGAGUUAACAGGCCAGCCUUGUUGUUCCCUAAUCACAGAAGCCAUGAAAUAACAUGAAGAACAUGGUCCUUUUUACAAAUAUGCAUCAAUCUUCUGAAAUCUUGUCUUUUCAUAGCACACUUUUUUAUAAUGCAUUAAGUUUCUUGUCUAAAUAUUUGGAGAGAAUAUGACUUUAUCAGAGAGAAUUCAAUAUCUUGUCUACUGGACUGUAAAAUAUAUGUAUGAAAUAAAAUUAGUUCCAUUGGUCUUCUAGUGUAUUAAAGUGCUAUCUGAAGUUGUUACCCUGUUUUGGCAAAAAAAAAAGAAAAAAAAAAAGAAAAAAGUUAACUACAGACAGUUGUUUCUAAUGAUCAGAGAUCUAUUUUAGUAGUCAACUGAAGGUUUAGUUGUGAGCUUCAGAUUUUGUGAACUCCAGAUGUUGUGCGGUGGUUUCUUUUCUUUUUUUUUUCUUUUUUUUUUUUCUUUUUUUUUCUUUUUUUUUUUUUAAGAACAAAAGGAAAAAUCCAAAAAAAAUCCCAACCCUGAGGAAUAUGUACACUGGAACCGUAGUGGUAGCUUUCAGUAUUGUAAAGAGAUUGUUAUAUACAAACCUUUUUGCUGUUUAUCCUGUAUGUAAUAAAGUCCUUUCUAGAUCCUAUGUGAAAAGCAAAGUGAAGCGGCUCUCAAUCUUCAGCAUGUUUCCUCAUCAGCGAAGACUUGUGUAAUGUAAAUUGUGCCAUGUUAUUAAAAAAUGUGAACUAAA